GUGGUGAAUUUUGGCAUCUCCGCUGCUUAAACCCUAAAACUCACCAGCAGCAGCACCGCGGCUAUACACGCCCAUACCUUGCAAGGGGUGUGCCGGGUAGCAAUGAAUGGAGUCAAUUACUGAAGCUAUUUUGUUCUACUUCUAUGUUCAAGCCAUGUUAAUUUUUGUUCGGGGCCUAUUAGGUAUUACAUUCAGAAAGUCUGACCGUGUAAGCCAUUUGUCAACUGCUACAUUUACUCCCUUGAUUCCAUUUCCGCAAAACUUCUUCUUCUUUGUCAACAACUUCCUUUGGUUUUUCAGAUACCCAUUUUCCACGAAUACUACUAAUACUUUUGAUAGUUUUAAUGGGUUUUUGGAUGCCAAUGCCAUAAAGAAUAUCAUAAAGGAAGAGAAAUGGGAAGAUGAUUUUAGGAUUGCCAGACUAUUUGAUUCCUCUUUAGCUCCAAUUUGGGUCUCCAAAAUUCUAUUGGCAUUGAAACAAGAGCCAAAGUUAGUGUUGAAGUUUUUCAAGUGGGCAAAAACACAGAAUGCUUUUUGUCAUACUGCAGACGGUUAUUGUAUUGUAGCUCACAUUUUGUUCUAUUCUAGAAUGUACAGUGAUACAUAUGAUGUUCUAAAAGAAUUGGUUACCCUGUGUAAUGAUAAAAAGGUGUUGCCUUGUUCUGAUGUACUUGAUGUUCUUUGGUCAACGAGGAAUGCUUGUAAGCCGGGGUAUGGGGUGUUUGAUGCAUUAUUUAGUGUACUAGUUGAGUUGGGGUUGCUUAAGGAGGCUAGUGGGUGCUUUUUAAGGAUGAGAAGUUUUAGAGUUCUUCCCAAAGCACGAUCUUGCAAUUAUCUGUUGCACAGACUCUCUAAGUUAGGUGAUAAGAACUCAUCAUUGAAGUUCUUUGAUGAUAUGAUUGAGUCUGGAAUUGUUCCAACAGUGUAUACCUACAAUAUAAUGAUUGGCUAUUUGUGCAAGGAUGGGGAUUUGAAUGCAGCAAAAAGGUUAUUUACUCAGAUGAAGGAUAUAGGCAUUGAUCCAGAUAUUGUUACAUACAAUUCUCUCAUUGAUGGAAUUGGUAAGCAUGGGGAGCUUGAGGAUAUGGUUUCUCUCUACAAAGAAUUGAAGAAAUCUAAAUGUCUUCCUGAUGUAAUAACAUACAAUACAUUCAUCAAUUGUUUCUGUCGAACAGGAAGGAUGGCAGUAGCAUUUGAGUAUCUGCAUGAGAUGAAGAGAAGUGGCUUGAAGCCCAAUGUGGUUACCUAUAGCAUAUUUAUUGAUGUUUUUGCCAAAGAAGGAAUGUUACAAGGAGCUAUCAAGUUCUUUGUAGACAUGAGGCGGGUUGGUCUUGCUCCUAAUGAAUUUGCUUAUACUUCGUUGAUUGAUGCUCAUUUUAAAGUUGGUAAAGUUGAUGAAGCGUUGAAGCUUGUUAAAGAGAUGCUAGAGGUAGGAGUUAAGUUAAAUGUCGUGACCUAUGCGACAUUGGUUGAUGGCCUUUGUAAUGCGGGGAAUAUCAAGGAAGCUGAAGAAGCUUUUAGGGUCAUGUUUAAGGAUGGGAUUGUCCCAAAUUUAGAAGUCUAUACUGCUCUUAUCCAUGGGUAUAUCAGAUCAAAAAGGCUAGUGGAUGCUUUGAAUAUUUUGGAACAAAUGAAAGAAAAUAAUAUCAGACCAGACACAUUACUCUAUGGAAUAGUUUUAUGGAGUUUUUGCUCUGACGAGAAGUUUGAAGAAGCCAGAGUUUUAUUUGAUAAAAUGAAGGGACUUGGGAUGGAGGGAAACUAUGUCAUAUACACAAUACUUGCUGACGCUUACUUUAAAGCUGGAAAAUGCCUAGAAGCACAGACUCUGCUAAAUGAAAUGCAGGAAAGAGGUAUUUCCCCUACUGUUGUGACAUAUUCUGCAUUAAUUGAUGGCUUGUGUCGGCUGGGAUUUGUCCAGGAAGCAAUGGACUAUUUCCGUUCUAUGCCAAAAUUGGGUUUGCAGCCUAAUGUCGUGGCUUAUACAGCUCUAAUUCAUGGCCUCUGUAGAAAUAAAUGUCUACAGGCUGCGGAAAAGAUGUUCAAUGAAAUGCUUGGGAAAGGUAUACGUCCAGAUAAAAUAGUUUAUACCUCCUUGAUAGAUGGAAAUCUAAAGCAGGGAAAUAUUCAAGAUGCUUUAGAUUUACGAAGGCGAAUGACCGGAAGUGGUUUGGAGCUUGACCUUCAUGCCUACACUGCUUUGAUAUGUGGGCUUUCAAAAAAUGGCCAGGUGCCUCAGGCGAGAUUUUUUUUUGAUGAGAUGAUUGAUAAGGGUGUUAAACCUGAUGAGGUUGUAUUUUCAUGUCUUAUAAGAAAAUAUCAAGAGAUUGGUAAUCUAGAAGAAGUUCUUGCAUUGCAAAUUGAAAUGAUGAAAAGAGGCCUUACGACAGUUACAAGUGACAUUGCAGUUCAUAAUAUGCAAACCUGAGAAAUUGUAUUUUGGUUGUCUGGUUACAUCAUUGACAGAAGAGAUCGCAAUUAUACUCAGUGUGCUCUCCUAUAUCUAAUUCAACCCCAUCUCAAUACCGAGGGUAUUGGGUUAUCUCCUAGAUCUGAGCCUGCCUGGAAACAGAGGAAAGGCGAAAGAGCCACUUUAGGUGCACACUUUACUAUUGCCCACAUGAACUCAACUAUGGAGAAAGCAGCCACUAGAGGUGCACAUUCUACUGUGAGCCACAUCAACUCAACCACAAGCCAACUGAACAGCUAGAGGAUUACGGGAAUGAAAGUAGAGAGAUAUCUACCAUGAUUUGCUCCAGUAAAAAAAUCAAACAAGAAUAGGCAAUGGGAAAAGGGAGUUUCACCCGAAAAAUGGUGGAAAACUAGCUAGGUGUACUUCUGCGUUAUUGGCGAUUGGUAAAAGGUCGGCACAAAGUGAUUCAUCAUGCUCAAACAUAAGUGGAUCGCUUCUUAUUUGACAAUGGAAUGAAAAAUGUGUCCAUGUAAAUGAUCAAGACCUCGCAAACAAUAAUGCUCGUUCCUUUUUAUUUUGCUAUUGGGGCCAUCUUCUAUCAUAUCCCUUACCUAUGGUUCAAGAAAGGAUUUGCCAGAAUGAUUGCAAUGAGACACACCAACAAUCAAGCCUUUGGCAACUUUCCCUUUAAGUGACAACAAGGGCGUUGAUCGAUUGGAAAGUUCCUUUCCCUUAAGGAAGAGGGUCAGUCUCAAAGAAAUUGUAUGUUUGUGGUACUGACCAAAAGAAGGGUUGCUUCUUGUGGAAAUGCUUUUGGGUUCGUGUGGAAGAGGAUUUUUGGCUUCUUUAACGAUCAGGAAAGGAUAUGAUGUUUAUAAGAUUAUGUGUACCAAUUAAAAUAAAAGGAGAUAUUUGGCUUCUGUGCAUAGGCUUUUCUUAUGUUAGUGAAAGAAACUAGGAUGAAAACGAGAUAAUAAUGAAAGGUUACUGGUUAAUUAAAGUGCAAGGAUCUUAAACACUGCAUUAACCAAUAACUAUGUCCGUAUGCAGUGGACAAAUCUCCAGAUACAAAGAUAAUGAUAAUAAUUUUUCUUCUCCUUCAAUAUUCUCCUAGAUACAUGCAUUUACACCAACAUAAAGAUAACUCCUAUCACCUGCUGUAGAUAAUUGUUGCUAAUAAUAACUGCUGGUUAUAACUACUUAGAUAACUACUGCUCAUAUAUUUUGACCUAUUUAAAACAAAGAAACUAAGAUAAAGGAGUAGUUGUAUCAGUUAGCUUUAACAUAACUUCUAUGGAAUUAGUCUGCAGAGCCGUCUAUGGUUUUCUUCUUCUGAAUUCUCUUAUAUGGUUAUCUGGGUAUGUAACGUCUAUGGUUUUCUUUAUUUCUGAAUCCUCUUAUAUGGUUCCCUAAUGGUAUAAGGAUAUGGUCACCUCGGGAUGUAUUUUCUUACCUCAACACGUCUUUCUUUUCGUUAACUUGCAAUAUAAUCAUCCCUCCAAGAACUAGCACUUUAAUCUGUUAAUAAGGCCCCAAGUGAAUUAACCGCUUAGACCAGAAUAUUAUUUUGCUUUUAAUUUUGUCAAUUGGCAACUCAUGAUUUUUUCAGGAGCUCGUUACUGUUCACAGUGGAGAGCUGGAGGAAGAUCAAAUAUCACUGAACAUGAAUCUUGAAGGAACUUUUACAACUAUAUUGUGACCAUCAACGUACAUCACCAUGAGACAGCAGAGCCAAAAUCUUGCACAUUGUCAUGGACUAAGCAUGAAGUUGUUUUAAGUCAUUGAUUUAGAGGCCAAUUAUCAGUUCAAUCUUCACAUGAUGAACUGAGCAAGAGGAAGGGAACUGCCAUGAAGGUGAUGCUAGCUAGAUAAAUUUUGCUCUUUACCGAGGGGACAAACAUAAAAUAGUGGUCAGUGACAUGAAAACAAUGUUCUCUUUUUCUGAAUACCAUUGGUGGAAAACUACUGCCUUUUCCCUGGAAGCAGCUAUUAGUUAUACAGAUGUCAUUGAGGACGAAGGUUCAAAUUCCAGUUGAUGCAAGAAAUGCUAGUGUUCUUCCUAAUUGUCUUCGUCUUACUGGAUAGAGUUAUACUGUACAACGGGACACCAGUUCUUUUAAAAAAGUUGCAAUGAGAUGUUGCUGAAAAAUUCCUUAGUAUGGUAAAUUACGAUUUCAACAUCGCUUUGGUACUGUAAAUUUGGGUCCUUGGCCUAUUUGUUUAACAUCAUUUCUAUGCCAAAUUUGAGCUGUUCUGCGAUGAUGAUUUGAUUCAUCAAUUUACCAAGAUGAAGAGAAAUUUAACUAUGUGA